UCAGCCAAUCAUGGAGGGGAGGGAGGCAUCAUAGAUUUUUGUUAAAUAAUAAACAUAUUUGUUAUCAAAUUGUAUAUUAUUUAUGUACUGUACAUAUGAUAAAAUAUUUACACAAUGUUAUUGUGUAAAUGAUUUCAUAAUUUGAACAUAAAUAACUAUUUAAAUCAAUUUUGGCAAAUAAAGGAAGGUAGAUGAAAACUCCAGGCCUUAUUAUGGGGAGGGGAGGCAUGCUCGCCCCCUUGAUCUGCCAGUGCUGGAAGAGUGCAAAACUAAAGCUGAUUUCAGAGAAGGAAGUAGUUUGAAAUCUCAUGUACACAGUAACUUUUAUUUUGACAGUAAGGUGUACAAAAUUUCAUUAUUAUAAUAAAACUAAUUAGUCUAAAAAAAAUCUAUAUGUUAUAUAACAUGAAGAAAAAGGAGCCCAAAAUAUGCCUGACAAAAUACUCUUACUUUUCAGUGGAAUCCUCAUCAAAAUAGGUAUUGAUGAUACCAAUAUCAACAUGAACAAAGAAACAACAAAAAUAGUAAAAAUAAUUUAAUGGGUUUAAUGUUCUGAAAAUAAUCAUAUGAGCAUAUAAACAGAAUACAAUUUUAAUAUAGAAUUUUAUUUGUAAAGUUCUGUGCAGGAUCAGCAGAAUGUGUGAAAAAUUAAAAUUAUAUAGCAUGAAUGAGUAUUGGAAUUAAAUUGUUUAGAUAACGUACAUCUUGAAUUAAAUGAAGGGGUUCCUGAUAGACCAACCCCAUAUAUGUUAAUUACAUCUUACUAAUAAUAACGGUCUCAGUAAUUAUGUGUUAGGAUGAACUUUAAGAAAAAGUUAGGUCCAUCUACUGCAUUCGCAGGUGCUGUGGAGAAUGUGGCAAUAUUUUACUGGGAGAUCACCGUCUAUAAAAUUGGAUUGGAAUUUUAUAGAUAGUGAUCACCCAGUAAAAUAUCGCAACGUAGGGUACAUAGGGAAGGUCUACCGGGCUCCCUCACCACGUUGUACAGGAUACAAAGAAAAAAACUAAUCAUAAAAAUAAAAACAUAAGCUGUUUUUAUACAAAGAGAAUAUAUAUAUUCUUUUAUAUCAGAUUUCAUAUCAUAUAUGUACAAAUAAACAAUGAUUCAAGAUAAAAAUAUACAUUAUACACUACUGUUAAACAAAUACAAGAUAAUUCGGAAUGAACUUAUAAUCUAGUGUUCAUUUACCAACCUUCUUCAUACACAAUACCAAAUGGAGUUUCAUUACUCUCCUUGAUUAAUUUUGCUAAUUCAUUUUGUAGUUCUUUUGGUAUUUCCAAUUUAUACGCAUCUUCAGGGUUAACAAGAUUAUUUCUUACUAUUUGUAAUGCUCUUUGACGCAGAGAAAAAAGGGGAAUAGUAAUGAAAACAUGUGUUCUUUGAAUUUGGGUUUGCUGCAGUUGAUUGCGAGGCAAACCUAAAUACCUGGUAUACCAAGGUUCUGGAAGAAAUACUUGACCUGAUUUAACAACCAGUCUAUCUUUCGUUUCUGAAUCAAUAAAAAUCCACGGAUGAGUAACAUAAGUAUUCACAUCAACAAAACCUCCAGGAGAUAGUGUUUUGAACUUAACAUUUUGCCCCUCGUAAUUUAACCAUAUGACAUCCACUUUUCUUUCAGUGUUAUUAAAAAACCGCAAGAAUGAUCUCGUCGAAUGAUUUAUAGAUCGUGGGUUUUCUGGCGCAGAUCUUGACAUAAUGAGCUACCUUAAUAAAAAGAUAUGUAUUUCAUUCGAUUUUCAGUCACUUUGCAUGUAAACAAGGAUGUAAGCAGUGGUUAUUAACAAUACCACUAAUAGUGACGCAUGCCCUCCGUUCCAUCUGUCACUGUUAUCACUUCACCCACAAAAACUAAAACAUCCGCAUCAUUCAAAAAUGUAAUAUUGGGGAAUUUUAUAAUUCAAUUAACAAAACGUUUAUUGAUGUGAAUGUUAAAACCGUGAUUAAUAAAAAAGUUAACACAAUCUCCUUUUGCUUCUUAAAAGCAAAAUAUAACCUGUUGUCUCUGUACUUCUAUGUCUGUCUCUAUCACAUCGCAUACGUGCUCUACGCCACGCCUCUGUCACUUGUCCGUAAUCUGGUAACAAUGGCGGUAUGUGUUGCAGUCAUCGGUAAAGAUAAUUCUCCCAAAUUUAUAUCAUGCUUAAAUCCAGAGUUGGAAUUGCAAUUUCACUACAAAGUACACACGUCGUUGGAUGUGGUUGAAGAAAAACUCUCAUCGUCUGGCAUAAAUACCGGCGAUAUGUUCCGACGUUUACAUAAUUUGUAUACUGAUGUUGUUUGUAAUCCUUUUUAUAUUCCUGGUGAUCCAAUUACAUCCAAGAACUUUGAUGAUACUGUAAAAAGCAUAAUGCUUCUGUGUUGCUCUGUCGUUUUGGCAGCAUGUGCUUUCAGCACUGCAUAUCCAUAUGCUGCACAAUCCACUUUCCCAGUUUAUGAUCAGCAAGUUGAUGAAUCAGCAUUUGCUCCAAGUGUUGUUGCAGCUCCUACUCAAGAUCUGGAAGGUGCUGCUACUGGCCACCAUGGCCAUCAUGGGCGAGUGCAAAUCAAGGUAUACCGAGGCCCUACCACUCAUGGACAUCAUGAUCACUUCGCUCCUCAUGGUUUCUGGGUAAAGCAGCCAGCGGAUGAUCACCAUUAGAUUCUUUAUUAUAAACCCUUUUGUUUUAUACUAUUAUUAUUGAAAUGAGUUUGUAUUUUGUGUUAUGUUCUUGUAAUAUAUAAUAAAUAAAACCUGUGAUCA